AUGGUCCUCUGUUUGAAGAAUAUAAGAAAAUCAGGUCGUGUCCCGGACCAUGACAAGGCGGUGAUGACCACCCCCCCUAAGAUGACAUCAAUUUGUAUCCAUUACCCACACGUAUCCCGCACCAUGGUCCCCACGGCGAGCGCACAUGAACGGAAUCCAUAUCUCGACCUAUUUAUCUGCUUCGCUCCUUCUAUUACAAAUCGAUUGGAGAAUGAAGGUUACUAUGGAGGUGUACGUCUGCUUAUGGCAACUUGUAAAGUUUUUACCAAAUACUGCAAAGAACAGGGGAUCGAUCUUCACAACAACAACUUUUCUCUUUCAUAUGAAACCAACAUCCCUCUUCAGGAUUUUGACAAGGACAAGAUGGAUAAAUGUGGGCAUGGAAAUUACACAGAGUUGGAUACAAGUCUUCUUCCACUUCUUCAUCUCAUCUAUGCUGAAAAUCCAAGUGAUUCUGGAAAGGUGCAUAGCACAGUUCGACAAAGAUGGCUAGAUAGAGACAAGUUUCUAAUAUCAUCAAUGGAGGAAGUGGCAAACUUAGCUCUUGAAGGAAAACCAGCUUUACUUGAAAAAGAUUAUUCUAAACUUGCUACCCUUAUGAAUCAAAACUUUAAUCUACGGAGGUAA